AUGCACAUUCUGUUGGUCUCGGGUCUGUUUUGUGCUUUGUUAGGGCUCUCUAUGGGGCAGAAAUUCGUUUCAACGGUAGUUCGGCUGGGUGACGUAGCCUACUACAUGCACUUCAUCGACACGGCACAUGCAGCAGUUCCUUCUGAUCUACCAAGUGACCGAACAGCAGAGCCUUGCACUGUCUUGGAUGUCGGGUCUGAGCCUCUCGAUGUUGGCCGGCUUUCAAAACAUCUGGAAAACUUUGUUCGAAGGGACGACGUCUGGUCCUAUCGAUUCCUCUCUUCUGUGGUGAUUCAAACUUUCGACGCAACUUUCCAGCUGGGCGAGGACGUCGGGCAGCUUCUUCGAGACCACGGUGCUCAGUUCGUGUCAGUUAGCAUUGUCGGCACAGCAUCGUCGGGCAAAGAACCUUUGCCUGAGGGACCCUAUUUUAUACAUCAUGGGAAGCUUCACCUGGUGUACCGGCUCUACCCUGAUAGUGCUGAUGCCUUUAUGGUGGCUACAGUCCCGACCCAGGAGACCGGCACGUACCGCUCUUUGGAUGGGGCUGCUUACGGAGAACAGUAUCCCUCCGCCCUGACAGUCGCCGUUCCUUCUCGUCUUUACUACAAGAAAACCGCCGAGAAACCGUACGCAGGCUAUCGCCUUGCAGUGAAAGACAUCAUCGACCUCAAAGGGUUGAAGACUGGUGCUUCGUCUCGCGCCUACACGUCGCUCUAUCCCGUCAGAUCCAGCAACGCGCCUGCCCUUCAAAAGCUGAUUGAUCUUGGAUUCGAAGUGGUUGGCAAGCUCAAGACGACCCAGUUUGCAGACUCUGAAUGGCCAACGUGCGACUGGGUGGAUUACCAGGCGCCUUUCAAUCCUCGAGGUGAUGGAUAUCUCACAACCAGUGGAAGCAGCGCCGGCAGUGCUGCGGCCAUCGCAUCCUACCCAUGGCUGGACUUCACCCUGGGAACCGACACUCUCGGAAGCAUACGUGCCCCGGCUGCGGCGCAAGGUGUGUUCGGUAUGCGAUCGUCCCUUGGGGCGGCUAGCUUUGAAGGAGUUGUGCCAUACAGCCCAAUGUUUGAUACCCUUGGCGGCUUUGCCAGAACAGCGGAAGAGUUCAGCAUUCUUGCAAAGGCUCUUUAUGGAGGUUCUACUAGCCGAAGUGAUGAUUUCAAGAAACCAACGCGGAUUCUGUAUCCCACCGAUUACUGGCCAGUCUCCGAUGAAAAUAGCCAGAAGGUGUUUGAUAAAUUCAUCGCCCGUCUUGAAUCCUUCUUGGGUGUCCAACGCACUCACAUAAACCUGGCCCGACUAUGGAAAGAAACAAAUCCGGAGGGGGUUGAAACGCCUUUAAAUGAGUACUUCAACCACGUAUUUGAAUGGAGCGCUAAUCCGGAUCAAUGGACGGGGUUCUUUAAGGAAUUUGUUGAGGAAUACGAAAAGAAGAAUGGAAAACCGCCGGUACUUAAUCCUCAGCUCCGAUUCAAGAAAGAGUAUCUGCCAACGAUAACGCUGGAGCAGCAGAAAGAAGGUCGCCGACUUAUGGACGUCUAUCAGAAAUGGUUCUAUCAAGAGGUCAUGCCGCCUUCACAAAAUGGUUACUCGGAAACCAUACUGGUGCUUCCCUGGACCACAGGCAAACCAGACUACCGCGACAAGUACAGAGACGGGCCGCAAAAGUUCACGGGCGUCGGAUUCUUCUUCUAUAACGUCGGCCCAUAUGCCCACGCCCCAGAACUUAUCGUACCUGUUGAACCAACCUCCUACAAGUCAAAGUUUACCGGGAUGAUAGAGGACCUGCCCGCCGCCGUGGGACUGAUAGGCUCCAAAGGAAGCGAUAUCAUGCUGACAGAGCUUCUGCGUGUCAUGAUGGCAGACGCGGAGGUCGUCUAUGGAGGUGCAAGCCUACCAGAGGCCCAACAUACCUUAUAG